UCCCCGGCUCUUUGUGGGCUGGAGCUCGGUGGAGAGCAGGGCGUUCGGUCUGCACCGCCGACGCCACUGGCAGCCGGGCUGUCUGGGAAAGACGGACCGGCGAACGCCCCGUGCCGGCGCUAGGUCUCCCGCCGCUCGCGUUUGUGCCCCGUGUCAUCCUCACUUGGGAAGCAGUGACCAUUUUUAAAUCACAAGGGCGUGGGUCAGCCUUCCCUAGGACUUCAUGUCUGUAUAUUUCCCCAUUCACUGCCCUGACUAUCUGAGUUCAGCCGAGAUGACUGAGGUGAUGAUGAGCACCCCAUCCAUGGAGGAGAUUGGCCUCAACCCCCGGAAAGAUGGCCUUUCCUAUCAGAUUUUCCCUGACCCGUCAGACUUCGACCGCUGCUGCAAACUGAAGGACCGCCUGCCCUCCAUAGUGGUGGAACCCACUGAGGGGGAGGUGGAGAGCGGGGAGCUCCGGUGGCCCCCAGAGGAGUUCUUGGUUCAGGAGGAUGAGCAAGACAACUGCGAAGAGACAGCAGAAGAAAACAAGGAGCAGUAGGGUCCCGCUAGGUGCCGUGGGUCAUGCCAGCCAGCAUCUGUUCCUGAACUGUGUUUUUCCCAUCCUGAUGGAAGAAGAGAGUGAGCCACAAUCGUUUUGAAAAUGUCAAACGAGGCUUCCGUUUUGCACCUGCAAAUCACCAAAUUGGGUUUCUUUUCUUUUCUUGUCCUUUUUUUUUUUUUUAAAUUUGUUGAGCAGUGGAGCCCUCUGACAACUUGCAAGGCCUUCUGAGAAAGGAAGCUGCAGAGAAGAGGGGGGGCAGGGUGUGGGGAAGGGGUGCUGCUUCUGAGAUCAGUAUCUGAACUCCAGCAGCCAGAGACUGUGGGGAUCCAGGGGGGGGGGGAGGGGGAUGGGCAAGCCAGCAAGGAAACUUUGGGGUAAGAAAGCAAACACCAGACCAAACAGAGAACAAUAUAGGUUUUUUAAGAAAGCAUUGAGCAGAGAACUGCACCCAGGAAGUUCUCGGCAGAUUUGCCCUAGCUGCUGGGGCAUCAGUAAAACCAAGUCUUCAUCUCACUACGCUCCGUCUCAUCCACUGCCAGCCUUCCCUUUUACUUCAGGAGUGCUGGUCUAUGACAGAGGAGAGGACAGAGAGCAGGAGAAAGGGGCUGCUUGCAGGGCCAGCUGGAAGGAUGUGCAGGAAAGGAACCCUGUCCUUCCCUGAACUCUGACCCCAGCUGCAGCUUGCUGUCAGAGCCCAGGAGACGGGAGGUUUGUGAGAGGCAGGGCUUUGGGGCUUUACUUCCCCGGUGGAUCCUUCUUGCCUGCCAGCAGUUUGCAGAGUGACCAGAGCACUUCCUGCCCUUGCUGGAGACCCCAAAGCUGAUUCCUGGGCAAGAAGGCCCCUCCUUCCACUGCCCCCUCCCAAGACUGGCUCUCAGAGUCCCAUGGAGUAGGGGCACAGAGGCAGCAGAGCAGGUGGGCUCCCAGCUGGCCCUUCCUUCUGCUCCCACCAUCCUCGAGGGCUGUGGAUUACAGCCUGCCCACCUAGCAGCCGCUCCUUAGCCUGGCUUUCUAGCGGGAGCAGAAGAAGAGUGUGUUCCUUGGUGGAGGGAGAGCUUUCACGCAGGUCCCAGGGACGGACACAGCCUGGCUUACUACACAGGGUACCAAGGCUCCCAAGGAAUGGCAGUGGGAUCCAGGCUGAGGUCAGAGUUAUCCUGAGAUCCUUGCUUCUCCCCAUGCAGUUCCUGGAAGCAGUUGGGAGGAAGGCAUGGGGGUGGAGAGCUCGGUGUCCCUGUGGAAGAUGGCUCUUCAUCCCUGUCCUCCUCCCACCUGUUUCCAGCAAGGGCAGUGGUUGCAAGAAGAAAUCAGCCUCCGGACUUAGAGCUUCUCAUCGUAGCUCAGAACCUUCUGGAGCAGCAGGUGGCAGGACAGACUCUUCCACCAUCUUGAUUUCAGAGCAGGACUGUGCGGCCAAGAGGUGGACUCAGAACCUUUCUUGGGUUGUACUCGGCCUACCAAGGCAUCCACAAUGUCCCCUCAGGUCUCUGGUCAGUCCAGGUUGACCCCUGGUUUUGGACUUGUGUGUCUAGCUGUAUUUAAUACCUCAAGGUCAGUGUGGCUCUGAGGCACCUCGGGGCGGGAGGAUGGGGGUGGGCUGCUGACUGGGCAGCCGGCAGGGUUCGGUUCUGGGAAGCCAGUGGUCGCCCCCGCGCCCUGCCCCUCCCCCUUACCUCUGUCGUCUGCCUGUGAUACACACACCAAUGGCAAUAACUUCUUCCAGCUCCGGCAGAAGCGGGAGAGGCCCUCAGCCUCUGCUUCGAGGGGCUUCUCUCUUCUGUUCUGGCUACAGAGACUUGUCCCCCUUACCCUCAUCCCCUUGCAGCCUUUUCCUCUCUUACCUCCCUUUGUGGAUGAGAGUUUUGCCUUUUAAAUUCCUGUGUAUCCGUGUCUCCCUCUCUCUCAUCCACCACCCUGGAUCCUCUGUCCCGGUCUUGCUGUGUGAUGGGAACGUGCUUGUAAACUGCGUAUCAAAUCAACUUUGUGUAUAUGUAUGUUUAUGGGGGUGGUUUAUUCCUUUUACUGGUCACUAGACAGCUCUGUACGACCCUGUGUGGUCUGAGCAGGCCAGGGGCUGACAGCUAAAGUCAGGCCUCUCAGCAGUUGAGCCUGCUGGGGGGACCCAGCUGCUCAUGGACAAGUGGCUGAGCUCCUGUCUGGCCUCCUCUUUUUUUUUUUUUUUUUUUUUUUCCUUUUUUUAAGUAAUAUGUGUGUAUUUCUAACUGAUCGUAUUGAAAAAAAAAAAAAAAAUCCUAGUAGUUCAGUAAAACGCCUGUUGUGAGAUGAACCUCCUGUAACUUCUAUCUGUUCUUUUUUGAGGCUCAGGGAGAAACUAGCAUUUUUUUUUUUUUCCAAACUACUUUUUGUCACUGUGACAGUUGUAAAUAAAGUUUGAAAAUGCUUUCCA